AUGGAAAAUGAAUUGCACCGUCGAUCCAUCACACAGAAACCAUGUUCUGGUGGUUUACCAGGCAGAAAUAGCAGCAUCUACAACCUCAUCGGAGCUUAUGACUUGCAGAGCACAGUUGGGAGACCAUAUCUCAGGCCUUUUACCCCGACCUCUGCUUGUGCUCCAGAGGAGAAAGGCUACUCCAGAUUUCUUAUAGAUUUCCUGAUGGGCGGAGUCUCUGCUGCCAUUUCCAAAAGCGCGGCUGCUCCAAUUGAGCGCGUGAAGCUCCUCGUCCAGAACCAAGACGAGCUGAUCAAAGCUGGCCGCCUCUCAGAGCCAUACAAGGGGAUCACAGACUGCUUCUCUCGAACUGCCAGAGAAGAAGGUGUUCUUGCACUGUGGCGAGGAAACACUGUAAAUGUCAUUCGAUAUUUCCCUACCCAGGCACUGAACUUUGCUUUCAAGGACCACUUCAAGCGGAUGUUCAACUUCAAGAAGGAUAGGGAUGGAUACUGGAAAUGGUUCGCGGGCAAUUUGGCUUCUGGGGGUGCAGCCGGUGCUACCUCACAAAUCUUUGUGUACUCGUUGGAUUAUGCAAGGACCCGGUUGGCGAACGAUGCCAAGGCUACCAAGAAGGGGGGUGAGAGGCAGUUCACUGGCCUGAUUGAUGUUUACAGAAAAACCAUACAGUCUGAUGGAGUCGCUGGACUGUACCGUGGCUUCUGUGUCUCCAUUGCCGGCAUCAUCGUUUAUCGAGGGCUCUACUUCGGUCUCUAUGACUCUUUGAAACCGGUUCUGUUGGUUGGUUCCUUGCAGGAUAACUUCUUGGCGAGUUUCUUUCUUGGAUGGGGAGUUACUGUCGGCGCUAGUCUUUCUUCCUACCCGAUGGACACUGUUCGUCGACGGAUGAUGAUGACUUCCGGUGAGGCUGUCAAGUACCGGAGCUCUUUCGAUGCAUACUCACAGAUUGUAAAGAAUGAGGGAGCGAAGUCCCUCUUCAAGGGUGGUGGUGCAAACAUACUCCGAGCAGUGGCCAGUGCCGGCGUUCUAGCCGGUUACGAUAAGCUCCAAGUGAUCGUCUUCGGAAAGAAAUACUAGAUGGUGGCGGUGGCUGAGCCAUGUUGCUAGAGCCUCUCAAUGCCUAAUGCUCGAUGAUGAUGACAAAGUACCUGAUCAAGUGAGAUUGUUAGAUUUUUGAAUAAUGACAUGUAAGACGGCUAGAUUCUAUGAUUGCUUCAAUAAGGCUGCAGUGUUUAUAUUUA